AAUUCUUGUGAAGAAUUGUUUCUCACGUUUUUCAAAUAAAAGCCAGUGUGCUUAAAGUUAAAUAAUAUUCUAACCAUGUUAUGAACUAAACAGUGAAAACAAUCAAUAUAUUAGGAAAAAUCGUAAAAUGUGUAUCUUUGGAUUCCACUGUGAACAAAGCCAAUACAGUGUCACAGUAUGUAUUUGUUUCCCAACAUAUUGAAAUUGGCAAAGCAAGAUAAAGUGCCAGUGCAUUUCCAUACGUUCAGUGAGCUACGUCGUUUCAUAGUGGAAACCCAUACUGGAAAAUAAUCCAGAUGGAAGUGUUUGCCAUUCAUGAAAAUUUGACCUGAAGUGCGAUCAAACCAUAUGGAAAAUUCUUGAAUAUCUCAUUUUAUAUAAUUCAACUAGAACAGUGCUAGAGCCAUAAGAUCACUGUGACCUUUCAUGCUGGACUGUAGAAAAGUGUACAUACAAUUAUAGAGUGUAAUCUUCCAACAUGAGAAGUUAAUGUGAAAACUAGUGAAAAGUAAAUUUUCCCCGCAUAAAAUUAUGGUAGUAGCGAUAAAAUUGCUGCACGCGUGUUAAUAGGAAGAAAAACGAAAUAAUUCAAAACCAACGACCCAGGUUUGCCAGUGUAAAGGCGAUAACAAUGUACAAACUAGCGUGUACAAUAUGCAGCAUAAUAAUCACAGCUGGAACGGUAGCAGCCGAAAAUGAAUACUUUCCUGGUUUACGCAGAGCAAAGCCUAACCCAGUAGGACCAUCACAGUGGGUGCCACCUAACGAUGCUCGAGAAGCUCCUGAGUUUUUGAAAACUAUAAACGAAAUAAUUGAGGAACGAGCCCGCCAGCGUUUUCUGGAGCACUGGCAACGACUUCAGCUGAAUAGAAACAUUCUGCAAAGAACUGAGUCAGCAGGUCCAGCAUUUACCUAUCAAUCGUCACCACCAAAACAUCCCGCAAACCCGAAUGAUCCGAUCGAUUUUGCCGUGGGUCCUAGCGAUUCUCGUUUCUAUGAUCGUACAGUGAACAUUGACACGGAUAAUGCGUACGCUAGCAACAAUUUAGGCUCUGAUCAAAUGUCCGAACACGAGCUCAUUAUGAAUCAAAAUCCCAAUAGAAACCUUCCGCCUUCGCCUCAGGACAUUAAACCGAAGCUCCCGAUCCAUUUCAACCAACAAUCUCUAGACAAUAAACUGCGGCAUAGGGAGCAGAUAUUCGAUGAAAAUUUGUUACCGCAACGCGUGAAUGGAGUAAUUCAAAGACCAGUGGAAAUGGAUGGUGCCGUAGCAAUGUACAUUGUAGCUUUGAUUGGAGGCAUUAGCGCUGCCGUUACGGUCGGCUUGAUAUCCGUUGGCAUUGGAUGGUAUACGCUCAACAAAAAGGCGAAAGCGGCCGCCGAUGUAGACUAUCCGGCAUACGGUGUGACAGGUCCGAAUAAGGAUUCUUCGCCGACUGGCGACAGGAGGCUUGCUCAGAGUGCUCAAAUGUACCAUUAUCAGCACCAGAAGCAGCAAAUAAUUGCUAUGGAAAAUCAUAACAAUAUAGACAAAAAUGGCAUCCAUUCUGAUGCUGAAAGCGAAGAUGACAAUGAGGAAGGAGACUAUACGGUCUAUGAAUGCCCUGGAUUGGCACCGACUGGUGAAAUGGAAGUGAAGAAUCCACUAUUUCUUGAAGACCCAACCAUAACGCCUGGCACUAAUCAAGUAUCUAUCGGAGCAACUACCACACCGACCAAAAUUACAAUAGACGAAAAUUGUUCAGACGAGAAACAAGUUAAUUCGAAAAAAUAAAUUCAGCAUAACGGAUUGCUUCCUGGCUUUUCGAUGCCGUAGUAUACUAUGGUAAGGCCGGUACGCCGGUUGUGGUUCAGGAUUUGGAACUCCCAUGACAACCGGGAUCUAUUCUCUGUUGGUUGGAAGAAUUAAAUAGGCAGCAUUCAAUAUAGAUUACCAUUUGUGCACAAAGUGCUGAUCUGAGAAAGUUUACUGGUUGAUUUUUUUUAUAAUUUUAUGUUGUAAGAAUAGCAAGUGAUAUGUUGGGUAUUAGGUCGAGUAAUGAGGGUACCUGCACAGCGAACGUUUAUAACGGGUGCAUUGAACGAAAGAGAAAUCAACCAAUAGGUGGAUGUAUAGAAAUAAAAAAAAACUAUCAAAAUAAAGGUUUUGAAGGAUUAGACUGCGCAAGAUAUGAGGAAAAAAAUGUACAGUUUGAAGUGUUGUUCAUAAAACAAAGAUUUUCUAUUUCGUUUUUUUUUUCAAAAAUUCAGUGAAAUUUCAAAAACAUGACUCUUGCCAGCUGACCUCAACACUCGCUUCAAUACCAGCCCUAGGACUGUUUGUUGCGAGAGACCAGCUAUCUGUUUAUGCUAUUACGAAUUUCACUGAUUUAUCUGAAUUUUCGAGGUUCCAUUUUACAAAAGUCGGCCAGGCAUUUGUAAGGUACUCUAUAUACCUAACUUAUAUACACAACCAGGCAAAAUUCCCAUCAAAUUGUCCGGGAAUCCCUGCCAGCCAGUAUGAGUCGGACGCUUGCGCUCCACUUUACAGAAAUGUCAUGCCAUUUUGCUGUCAGAAAGAGAAAACGUAGCAGAAAUGUUCGACAUCGCUGAUGUUCUUGUAUUUAAAAGGCGAGAGAACAUUUCUACCAUGACACAUCUAAGAAAGGGUAAAACAUUUCUUUCUAGUGGAGAUAUCGGGUUAAGGUAGAGUAAUCGUUGUACCUUACAAAUGCAUUACAUUACUUGUUCUACUUAGGCUAACCAAGUGAAAAUAAUCAACAACGUGUUGAAACGCUUGUCACCGGGUUCAGUUCUACGCCGACAAGCAAGGUAGACAUUCAAGUAGAAUAAGACGCGCUUGCCUAGCAAAUUAUUAGCGGUGGUUCGAUUCUCAUCGGAGCACGUGGAUUUCUUUUCCCAAUUAAAUUUGUACUUCGAACACGUGAUUGUUUCUAGAGUACAGACGUACCGGAUUCCGUACAAAUUGAUGAGUUCGUUCCUGCAAAUUAUUUUGAUAUUUUGGUACCGGUAUCCAAAUGUAUCUCAUGACACUCAGAAAACGCAGAAAGCGACAAAUCAAAAAAUGAUACAAAUUUUGAUCUUUGUCAAAGAAUAUGCAGUAGCACAGUAAACUUAAUUGUAAUAAGUACAUUAUUUUCGGUUUAGCUAAUGUAAAUUAUAAAUGGAGCCGUUUCAAACUACACAUUUAUUUUCCUGUAGGAUAAGCGUAAGUGCACACCAAAAAUCGAUUGAGGGUUUCAGCAAAAUUUUGCUGAAUUUUGCCGAGCUGAAGGUUUCAGUAAACAUUUUGCUGAAAUUCAGCAAAAUUUUGCUGAUUUGUUCAGUAAACUCUGCUGAUCACCAGUAACGUUUUGCUGAAAUUCAGCAAACUUUGCCGAAAGUUCAGCAAAACAUUUUGCUGAACCCUUCAGCUCGGCAAAAUUCAGCAAAAUAUUGCUGAAAGCGUUUGGUGUGUGGGUAUAAGUAAUAGCCUACUAGAUAAAAGUAAAAAAAAAACAUCCUUCCAAACAGUCAACGUGAACAAAAACAAUAAUGCUAACUGAAUAAAACACAAUGGAUGCACUGAAUGUAUGUUCUGUGU